AUGGUGCGGGAGGAGCUCCUUGGGCUGCUCGGCGGCACCGAGGACUGCAGGGACACCCAGAACGUGGUAGGCUACGACUUGGCAGCCGACGACUCCGGUGCCAUCGAUGCGCUCUUGUCCGCCCGCGACCACUGCAAGGCGCACCAGAACGGGAUGCCGAUAAGCCAGCGACCCAAGCCUAUCCUCGCCGCAGAAUUUCUACGACGACAGGAGGAAGACGAGGGCGACGACGAGGACAACCAGAGCGACGUGGAGCAGGAAGAAAGCAACGAGAAGUACAACACCUACUCGAACAAAGACAGGUGGAAUGCUGAGUAUUACGACCUGGCGGGCGACGGCUCUGGGGAGUCAUGGCGAGACGGGGCUCGGUGGCCGCGCCCGCGGCUGCCGCGGGUCGGGGAGCGGGGCUGCAGCCGCGGCGCGGAGGAGGCCGCCGCCACCUGCGCCGCGGCGCGGAGCUGGCAGCGUGCGCGCUGCUGCUGGCAGCGGCCGGCUCCGCGGCGGCCUACGCCGGAGGCGCCAGCUCUUGGCGCGCCGCCGCCCAGACCCGCGGCGAGGUCCUCGUAG